AGAAUCGAUGAAUUCGUCUGCUACCAACAUUCCAAGCACAAAUGUUUUUAUAGUAUCCCCGCGAGUGUCCGCCCUUUUUUCCUAGAUAUUCCUCGAAUUAUGAGUGGUAGGAAGCCGUUUUGAGUGGUUAUUAUGAGCGAUUACCAGUGGGAUGCCCUCGCAGAAGUUUAUCUAAGCAAUAAAGACGCGGACACCGAUAUCUACUGCUUAUGUAGCAGGGUUUUUAUACGAAGUCGUGACGAUAAAAUUAAAUUAAACGCCAAUUUAACGGAUGAAUUCAGCGUUUCCGAAACGGAAGUGCUAACAGAAGAUGACAUAAAAGAUGGGUGCAUGACUGAAAUUGAACCAGAACAGUGCCAAAGCCAAGAAAGCAGUACAGAUCCAAAACACGAAAUUGACGCAGAAAUAGUUAGCUGUUAUUGUAGUGCCUCUCAUACAGACAACAUAUCAACAGAUGAACACGAUAGUCUUAGAGAAUCUCAUUCGAGUACCACCACCAAUAAUAAAUCGCACAUAAUCAGGGGCCUUCAAUCAAGCGAUAGCGGUGCGGAUCUAACUGAAUAUAACAUUAAAACAAUCGAUUACGAUUCCGCUUGGCAUCGAUAUUGGACUUUAAACGGUGAGCGGAUCAUUUGGGAUUCUUGGAUAGCCAAAUAUAGUGAUUACAUAAAUCCCGAAUUUUUACCAACAAGAGAAGAUAUAAAAGUUUACGAUAAAGUAUUAAUCGACUCUAGUAAUAGUAAAGAUCAUUCCAAAACAAAGUUUUCCUUUGAUAAAAAAGAUUUAGAAAAAUACGGUAUUGAAACGAUCACAGAAUAUGUGAGUCACUUAGAUCGUAUUGACGAAAAUGUUGAAGUUAAAGACUACAAAUCACAAGAUAAUUCAACUCAUGUUAGUUGUAUGUUGGUAAGAACGUUAUCCGGAAGUGAUUCUUAUGAUAAAUUACAAACAGAAGUCUCAGUAUCUGAAGGUUGGAAUCCUUUAUCUCCAAUUAGUAUUGAAUGUGAUGCUGAAGCUGAAAGAUUAUUGAGUUCAAGAUGUGGUUCUUACGCAAGCAGCUCCGCAAGAACGGUCGAUUCAAUGACAAAUGUUACUCGUAUGACCGUUUCUUCGUUUGAAUUAAGUGAUAAUAGCUCGAAAACUUCUGAUAGUUUCUCAUCGGUAAGUUCCGUUCAAAGUUCCUUUAGCUCAACUAGUUCUGAAGAAGCAGAUCCUGGUGAUCCAAAUGAUUAUAAACAACAAUGGGACGCUUUGUGGAAAAGACAUUAUGAAGAGGAGUACAUGCAAGAAUUUAAACGAUUCAUUUCGAUUAUUAGCGAUCAUCCUGAUAAAGACAAUAAAUUUGGGAACAAAAAGUCCUAUUUUGAAAAAACGGUAAAAGUUGAAAAUAAAGAUAAAAAUAAGGAUUCAUGUUCGAGUGUUGAUGGUUUAUUUCAUACUUUAAGUAUUAAAAUGAGUGAUAGUGACAUUGUAAUUGAAUCAAUUGAUGAUCAUGUUGAAGAACAAGAUCUUAUGAAAUCAAUUGGUUUACCCACAUCAUUUGGAAGAAGAGGACGAAAAAGGAUCGCAUUAAAAGAACAGGACAAUCAAAAAGUAGAAACAGAAGAGGAAGAACCAAGCAAUUCCGAUCACAUAAAAUCCGCUUUUAAUUUAAUGGGCUUAGAAUUUAAAGAAGAUUUAAAUAAAAGAUCAAAACUUAAAGGGCAUGUGGAAUAUAAAAUGAAACAUAUUCGCCUUCAAAAUCGUCAUUUAAAGUUACAUCGCCAAAAUCAUCAUAAUCAUCGCGUGAAGAAACCUAACCACAUUAGAUUUGACGAUGACGGAAAUAUAAUCCCCGAAGAUAAUGAUAAAGAUGAACUUGGCGUUUCGGAUAGUUCGGAUGACCAACAAAGUACUAGUUCGGAUAACGACGAAGAUCAAAACAAAAUGCAAACUUUUCCAUUGGAAGAUUUGGAAAAAUCGGAAACGGUUACUAUUAGAAAGAAAAAAAGGAAGAGAAAGAUUAAUCUUCCACCGGAAAUACGGGAAAAUCCGAAUUUGAAGAAAUAUUGGUCAAGGAGAUUUUCGUUGUUUCAUAAAUUUGACGAAGGGAUUAAACUAGAUGAAGAAAGCUGGUAUUCAGUAACCCCUGAACAAAUUGCAAGACAUACAGCGCAAAGAUUAAAGUGUGAUAUAAUAAUUGACGCUUUUUGUGGUGCCGGUGGAAACGCAAUACAAUUCGCAUUAACUUGUAAUAAAGUUAUUGCCAUUGAUAUCGAUUCUAAUAAAAUAGAAUUAGCUCGAAAUAACGCAGAAAUUUAUGGAGUUUCAAAUAAAAUUGAGUUUAUUGUUGGAAAUUUCUUGGAUUUGGCUGCAGGUUUAAAGGGAGAUGUGGUUUUUUUAAGUCCCCCUUGGGGUGGACCUUCCUAUUUAAAGCAACCUACGUAUGAAUUGGAGGAAUUUUUGCAACCGGUGCCUCUUUCAAAGUUAAUUGAAACUUCUAGGAUUGUUACUGAGAAUAUUGCGUUGUUUUUGCCAAGAAAUUCAAACACUUAUGCGUUGACGAUGGCGGCAGGUCCAUCAGGAUUCGUUGAAGUAGAACAAAAUUUCAUCAAUAAAAAAUUUGUAGCAAUUACUGCGUAUUAUAAGGAUCUUAUUAAACAUAUUUAAGCACAACACCAUUUAAUACUAAUUAGGAUAAUAUAGACCUCUUAACUUAAUCUUAACUAUUUAAGACAUGUUUCUUUUUAUAUUAUUUUUGUGAAACGAGUGGUUUGACUUAAUUGUUAUUAAUUUUCACUUCUAAGUUUGUGUUCCUAACGUUACUAUUAAAUAUAAAGAAUACAUUAUUUCUUAAAAUCAUCAAAAUAUUUUAUAAUUUUUGUAUUUU